AUGGACGAUACUGAGACCAACGAUGACCCAGGCAGACCAAUCCGAGAGGGUUGCGGCCUCGUCUUCAUUGCCGCCGGCAACACCUUCGGCAACGGCAAGGCUGGCGAGUCCCGCACUCAGAUCGCCAUCGUCAAGCGUGUGAUUUUCUUCGUGAAGAAGGCACUUGCUGUUCGCCUUCGAUACCGGGACCUUCAUCCAAAGACCAUCCACUACCAGAAAAAAGUGGCCGACAUGGUCAUGACGGACAAGUCAACCGCGCCCCAGAACGCCUCUCACUCCCUGGUCACGCUCCAUGCCAUCGGAAACAUUGUCAACAGAUGCCGCAUCGCCCGUCGCAACUUCAUCCACCGAGGAGGAGACCCCUACCCGCCUGCCCCCACCAUCGGCGAGGACGAGACCGAGAGCGAGUUCCUUGCCCGCGAGCACCUGGAAUGCGCCUUGACCGAGAUGUGGACUGUUCUCGACUAUCUACAUGAGCUGUAG